AUGAGCCUGUGGGCAUUUCCCCUCCGGCCGUGGGCCACAUUGGAGCCGGCAGGGCGCUGUGUGGGAUGCAUCUCGAGGAUUGGCCCUCUGCGGCAGCAAAUUCAACAGCGGACAUCUACAGCUACCGUUAGGAACUUGCACAGCGAACCUCCGCAUACACGCUUACGACCACGGUUUCUGAGAAAGUCGUACUUCUCAGCUCAUGAUUUUUCGGCGUCUGGCGAGCUUGGGAAGCAAAACUACCUGCCGUGGUCGCGAACGGUAUCCUCCUCGCGAAAUACGGCAGCUCUCUUCGAUUCCGGAGCACCAACAACAAACACAUCUUCAUCCACCAAGGCACAGACGGAGACUCGGAAUGCCUCAGAGACGUCUCCAGAGACGGUCGAGGAGCUUCCACACCGACGGAGGCAGCGGCUAAAGGCCCAGAGCGAAGCCAAUGCCUCGGAGCAGGAAUUACGUCCUGACGCAUCUGCACAGCUCUCUACUAUCUCUUCAUCAUUACCCAAGUCAUCUUUGAAAGGCAAACUGCUUGCUUUCCUUGCCCUUACAAAGCCACGGCUCUCUUUUCUAAUCGUCCUCACCGCCACUACGGCAUACGGUCUUUACCCAGUUCCUUCGAUAUUGGACCUUGAUCCGUCAGUCACCCCACUCCCGACCCUAUCUACUUCGACUUUGACAUUCUGCUACCUUACUGUCGGGACAUUUCUAUCAUGCGCGAGCGCAAACACCAUAAACAUGCUCUUCGAGCCUAAAUACGAUGCCCUCAUGACUCGAACUCGGAAUCGGCCGUUGGUGCGAAAGCUCAUGACCACCCGUGCCGCCAUUCUUUUUGCAGUCGGAACUGCGACUGUUGGUCUCAGUGCGCUAUACUUUGGCACAAAUCCUACCGUAGCGGGACUUUCAGCGGCUAAUAUUAUCCUCUAUGGCUUUAUAUAUACGCCACUCAAACGAAUCUCCGUUAUCAACACAUGGGUUGGCGCGGUGGUUGGCGGAAUCCCUCCUCUAAUGGGCUGGGCCGCGGCUGCUGGUCAAACAGCCAUCACUGGCCACGACACAUGGAAGGACCUGCUAUUCGGGCCUGAUAGCGCUGGUGGCUGGCUGCUUGCGGGCCUUCUCUUCGCGUGGCAAUUCCCCCAUUUUAACGCCCUGUCUCAUCUGAUUCGUGAUGAGUAUAAGAACGCUGGCUAUAAAAUGCUUGCAUGGACCAACCCAGCACGGAACGGCCGCGUAGCGCUGCGCUACUCUAUCCUCAUGUUCCCUCUAUGUGCUGGCCUGUGGUGGGCCGGAGUAGUCGAUAAGGGGUUCUUGGUUGGCGGCACGCUGAUCAACUUAUGGCUCACCAAGGAGGCUUAUCGAUUCUGGAAGCUUGAAGGUGCCAAGGGGACUGCGCGCGGUCUGUUCUGGGCGAGUGUGUGGCAUCUACCACUGUUGAUGGUCGGCACUCUGGCUGCUAAGAAGGGGAUCUGGGACGGGAUCUGGAGCCGAGCCAUGGGGUAUCCAGAGGAUGACGAAGAUCUAGACGACGAAGAUCUCGAUGAGCAAGUUGCUGUGCUCCCACCACUACCGACGUCAACAAUACGAACGUCCUAA